UAGAUUUUUAACCUCCGCAGCCAAGCAAGAGUUCAUACAAACGCAUUUGCAGCCUCAUACAGUGAACUUCUUGUCAAUUUAGACGGAACCGUUCAUUAUGGCCAACUACAUUCAUGUACCCGACGAGGCUCCCGCUGUACCCAAAAUAGAUGUCACAUUAGACGAGAACGAUUACAGAUCUGGUGCAUUGAGACUAAUCAAGGAACUGAGACCGUUUUGGAAACCAUCCGAGGUCAAAAUGAAGUUCUUCACAGAUGGAAUCACCAAUAAGUUGCUAGGCUGCUACGUGGGUGGGGUCAUGCAGGAUGUGGUCCUGGUGCGUAUCUAUGGCAACAAGACGGAGCUGUUUGUGGACCGGGAGAACGAGGUGAAGAGUUUCCGGACGCUCCACGCACACCGCUGCGCCCCGCGUCUCUACUGUACCUUCAACAACGGCCUCUGCUAUGAGUUCCUACAGGGCCAGGCACUGGAACCUGAACACAUCCGGAGCCUGCCCACGUCCAGGCUCAUCGCGAGGCAGCUGUCUAAGUACCAUGCCAUACAUGCUCACAACGGAUGGGUGCCCCAGUCAGACCUGUGGCUGACAAUGGGCAAGUACUUCGCCCUGGUGCCCAAGUUCUUCCAAGACCCAGAGAUGAACAUGAGGUUAAACAGUGAGGUGCCUAGUCGAAGGCGACUGAGGGAAGAGAUGGUGUGGAUGCAGCAGAGUCUGUCUGUGCUGGGCUCUCCUGUAGUCCUCUGCCACAACGACCUGCUGUGUAAGAACAUAAUCUAUAAUCAGGAAGGAGAAAAUGUCAAGUUCAUUGACUACGAAUACGCUGGGUACAAUUACCAAGCCUAUGACAUUGGGAACCACUUCAAUGAAUUUGCAGGCCUGAAUGAGGUGGACUACAGCCACUACCCAGAGCGGAGUUUGCAGCUGCAGUGGCUGCGCUCCUACCUGGAGGCCUAUAAGGAACACAAAGGUCAAGGGUCAGAGGUCACUGAGACAGAGGUGGAGGUGCUCUAUGUACAGGUCAACCGCUUCUCCCUGGCAUCUCAUUUCUUCUGGGGCCUAUGGGCUCUGAUUCAGGCAGAGUUCUCCACCAUUGAUUUUGACUUCCUGGGAUACGCAGUCCUUCGCUUCAGCCAGUACUUCAAGAUGAAGCCAGAAGUUGCAGCGCUGAACUUUCCAGAAUAAAAGUCCUUCUCCCUAUCUGGUCCUCAUGUCCACCGUAGAGUGCCCUCUAGGGGGUGUCGGAAAGAAGACCCGGAGAGAGCCUAGUCCACACUUCCUGUGGAUUUCAUUCGGCACUCACUAGAGACUCAUAGAACCCUAUGGGAACUCAUAGAACUAUAUUAGAACUCAUAGAACUAUAUUAGAACUCAUAGAACCCUUUUGAGAACUGAUAGCUGUUAGAAACCAUGACUCACCAUCCAUUGACACUCCACAGGGCCAACUCCAUAGCAUCACUGCUACAGACAGAGCCCUACCUAGCUCGCUAUAGAAGCCUAGAACCAUGCACUUCUUCAUAAAGACUAAAGUCUUUAAGACCCAGUCCUCCAAAAUGUCUAGAAAUAUGCAAGAAGAAAAAGGAAAAAAAACUAUCAUGGCUAUUUUUGUUAAGAACAACCAAAUGAAAACAGUGCCAUGUAACGUAUGGCGAAUUCAGUGUGACAUUCCAGUAACAUCUCUCACCCCAGUCUGUGCCCGCCCACAGGGGUAACUCACAACAGGGGAGACCUGGACCAACUCUGUAACUUGUCUCCUCUGUUGUGCUGCUGACUGACUGGGAAUAUUAGUGUGUGUGGGCUCACUCCGAGCCAUUCCUAUUGGAUAUAUACAUCUCUUGUCUGGGCUCGCUGGUCCAUUGAUUAUUUAGUCACCAUUAUAUCGGUUGGUUUAAUGGUAGAGGCUAUGUAGCAAGUUACAAAUAUGUGUUGGUGCAUCUGGUAUAGUCACCAAUAAAUAUUUGUUGGUCGAAUGGUUAGAUUCACUUACGUACUUUCUCCUAGGUAACAAACAGGAGGGCAUCCAUCUGGUUUACAUUCUGGUCACCUGACUGAAACAACGUCCGCAUUCCCUACCGUAACUGGGCUGUAGUUUGAUUCGUGGGAAAUGUUGUCGUCAUGAUGACGGCCAGGAGUAUUUCCUGGAAAAACUCUGACCAGGAGAAACUCUGGGCCUGGGGCCUUGUGGUCCGGAAACCCUCCGCGCCCUAGUCAUUGACUAUGUUAUGUUCACUGUAUAAAGUCGUUUAGAUUCACUUUUUGUUUUACCAUGUAACCUCAUGGGGCAGUUGCAUUUGGCUAGACUCAGCCUAAUCCUGGACUAAAAGGCACUUUCAAUGGAGAGUUGGUGUUCAAUGGCGUCACCAUUGGAAGUGAUUUUAAGUCGAGGGUUAUAGGCGUAAUCUGGUUAUUGUUGCCUGGCUACCCAUCCACAACACUCCGGCCAACUGAAGUUUCUUCUCCAUGAUAAGUGUGGAUUUGCUUCCCUCCCUGAUGAUUUCUAGAAUGUGAACGCAUUCUGACCGUUCUGAUUGGUCCCAGAAAUUGAUGGGUUGGGCCAGAUCCGGGCCUACAUGGAUGACGUUAUCAACUUUGAUACUCUGGUUAGAUUUUGUUAGCCGAUUCAAUCGCUGAUUAAUUUGUUUUGUACAACGCCCCUCAUUUUGAAGUCACACAAACAACUUCUAGGAUGGCAGUUUCAGACUGAAUGUAUGUAGCGAUCGUUAGAGCAGCGGAAUGAAAUUCAGGGUGAAUUGUCUGACAAGGUUUACUGGAAUUGCCUGUGAGACAACUGAGGUAAGACCUAUGAUUGGAGGACCAAUGGCUUUGGUAGUGAGUGUCUUGAAAGUAUCUUUGUCUGAAAGAUUCUAACAGUGUUUGUUUAUAAUGUAUGUGCUGCUUGGUUCUGGAAGUUCUUUACGACACAAAGUUCAUCUACUAGGUAAAAACCAACCUAUACCAAAGU